AUGGAGCAAGCUAUUGAAGAUAUUAGAAAUACCCUAGGCAAUGAGGAAAUGGUAUCAACUGAUCCUGAGGACCUCCACAGACACGGGUAUUCUGAAUGGUCCACCGUCAAUCCCGAUAGGCUACCCGUUGCUGUUGUCUAUCCGCGCUCGACAAAUGACGUGUCUGUAAUCGUUCGAACUUGUAAUGAGUAUAGUGUCCCUGUCAUUGCAUAUUCAGGAGGCACCAGUCUCGAAGGUAACUUUUCAGCACCACAUGGAGGUAUAAGCAUUGAUUUUGCGUUCAUGGAUCAAAUCAUCAAGUUCAACAAGGACGACAUGGAUAUUGUUGUUCAGCCUAGUGUUGGCUGGCAAGAUUUAAAUGCAAAAUUGGCAGAAAUGGAAAGCGGCCUCUUUUUUCCCGUCGAUCCAGGGCCAACGGCCAAGAUUGGUGGCAUGAUUGGUACCAAUUGCUCGGGUACAAACGCGGUCCGGUACGGAACCAUGAAAGAUUGGAUCAUCAACCUGACCGUUGUCCUAGCUGAUGGACGCAUCAUUAAGACAAAGAGGCGGCCACGAAAGUCAUCUGCUGGGUAUAAUCUUAAUGGGCUGUUUAUAGGAUCUGAAGGAACUCUAGGCCUUGUGACAGAAGCUACACUGAAGCUGGCUGCCAUUCCGGAUGAAUUCUCCGUGGCUGUUGUCACGUUUCCCAGUGUUCGCGAUGCUGCAGCCGCGGCUGCUAGCGUAAUGCAAGCUGCGAUUCCUGUUGCAUGCCUUGAAUUAAUGGACGAACUUCAAAUGCGCGUUAUCAACCUGAGCGGCUCAACCGCCCCGCGUCAGUGGAGAGAAUUGCCAACUCUAUUCUUCAAGUUUUCUGGAACAGCCUCGAGUGUUGCAGACAAUAUCGACCGUGUCCGUGCCAUUACUGCCAAAAACAAUGGAGGAGAUUUUGAAUUUGCAAAAGAUGCUGCCGAACAGAAGCUGCUUUGGUCGGCGCGCAAGGAGUCGCUGUGGUCCAUGCUGGCUCUCCGAAAGGAAAACGAAGAUGUUUGGAGCACGGAUGUUGCGGUGCCGUUUAGUCGAUUGGCCGAUAUUAUUGAGAUCACUAAGAAGGAUCUAGAGAGCCUCGGCCUCUUUGCGACAAUUCUUGGGCAUGUUGGCGACGGCAACUUCCACGCAAGCAUCAUGUACAACAAAAAGGAUGCGGCCGAAUACGCCAAGGUGGAGAAAUGUGUCAAGGAUAUGGUGAAACGUGCUCUUGAGAUGGAGGGGACAUGCACUGGUGAACACGGCGUUGGCUGGGGCAAGAAGUCGAGCUUGUUGCUAGAAGUUGGUCCAGAGACGCUCGGAGUUAUGAAGAAUAUAAAACAGUCUCUCGAUCCUAAAUGGAUCAUGAAUCCUAGCAAGAUUAUGGAUGUUCCUGGCCUGGAGGAUGAAGAGAAGAAACUGACGAGACAGGAUGUUGUUGGGUCUCCAGCUGGGCCGGCAAACAUGUCGACGAAGAAGUAG